CCACAUCUCCCUUGUGAUUUGUGACUUUGUAAGUGUGUCCAAAAAAAUUCUAAAACCCCAACUCUCUCUUUCCCCCUCUCUUUCUCCCUGUCCUGCUAAACGGGGUGUCUUAAAUCUUAAUCCAGAAAUAGUCAAGCAUCAAAACUAUAAAACCCAAUUCAAGAACACUGAAUUUCACCCUUUGUUACAUCAAAUUCCCCCUUAUCUCUCUUUUCUGCACUACUUUAAAGUUAAAAAGAAUACUCCUUUUCCCAUUUGCACACUUCUGAUUUGAUUUAUAUGAGGUUAAUUAUCGAUUCGCAACAUUGCUAAACGAUGCGAAACGAGCUAUGGUUUGCACUGCCAAUGAUUUACUGGAAUGGAAGGAUUUCCCUAAAGGCCUUAGGAUCCUUCUCCUUGAAGAGGACACAAAUUCUGCUGCUGAGAUAAAAUCAAAGCUUGAAGAAAUGGAGUUUAUAGUUAUUGCAUUUUCCAGUGAGGAUGAAGCUUUAUCUGCAAUCUCAAGCAAAAAUGAAGGCUUCCAUGUCGCCAUUGUAGAGGUGAGUAUACACAAUCCCGAUGGGAGAUGUAACUUUAUGGAAACUGCAAAGGAUCUUCCAACAAUCAUGAUAUCGAAAGAACAUUGCUUGAGUACCAUGAUGAAGUGUAUAGCGCUUGGUGCAGUUGAGUUCCUAAUAAAGCCACUAUCAGAAGAUAAACUCCGGAAUAUAUGGCAGCAUGUUGUUCAUAAGGCUUUUAACACUAAUGAAAGUCCAAAAUCAGAACCACUCAAGUCUGUUAAGGAAUUUGUUGGUUCUAUUUUGGAAAUUCAGCAACAAAAUAUAGCUACACAAAAUAAAGUGUCUGAAGAACCAAUUUUAGAUACAGAAGUGGACCAAAGUGAUCAUGAUCAUGAUCAUGACCAUGACCAAUCAGGUGCUGGUGAUAAAUUUCCUGCUCCUCCUUCAACACCCCAAAUAAAACAAGGUGGAAGAUCAUUGGAUGAUGGAGACUUCCAAGACCAAAUGGCUAGUGGCUCCCCUGUAAAAGAAGGUGGGGAAUUUGAAGGGGAAAACAAAUCUGUCGAUAAUUCAAAUAAUAGUGACUCACUUGAUAAAAUGGAGGUGGAUCCACCUCAACCAACAACAUCUGAGGUAGGCGUAGCUAUCAAAGAGGAGGAGGAUCGUGGUGAUGGUUUUAGGGACACGGAAAAUUCCGCACCUAAGAACCAUGCUAAUGAGGAUGCUACUACUACUACUACUACUUAUGUUGGACACAAUAAUGGAAUCUCGAAUAAGGAACCUAAGCAUUCACGUGGUAAAAAGGGUAGCCGGAAAAAGAUGAAGGUAGACUGGACAACUGAUCUGCAUAAAAAAUUUGUGCAAGCAGUGGAGCAACUCGGUGUAGAUCAAGCCAUCCCUUCUCGAAUCCUAGAGUUGAUGAAAGUGGAUGGCUUAACUCGGCAUAAUAUAGCUAGUCAUCUUCAGAAGUACAGAAUGCAUAGAAGACAUAUUUUGCCUAAGCAAGAAGAGCGAAGGUGGCCGCACCCUAGAGAUUCAAUACAAAGGAAUUAUUAUCCCCAAAGACCAGUGAUGGCAUACCCUCCUCCCUAUCACAAUAAUCAUAACUUCGUAUCCGGGCAAGUCUACCCCAUGUGGGGCCAGCAGGGUUGUCAGCCUCCUGGCUACCCGAUGUGGGGGCCCACGGGCUAUCCCUGGCAGCCCGCUGAAACUUGGCCUUGGAAGGCUUACCCUGCGAUGCACGCUGAUGCAUGGGGCUGCCCCGUGUACCAACAACCAUCUUCAUACCCCUCUUCGGCCUUCCCUCAACAAGUACAAGGCGCAUACGGGUUCCACAGUAUUCCUCUCGAAAGUCAUGAAAGCUACGGGAAGAAUUCUGCUGAUUUAAAUCCGGGAGAGGAGGUAAUUGACAAGGUGGUUAAAGAAGCAAUAAGCAAGCCAUGGUUACCACUACCAAUAGGCCUAAAACCACCAUCAACUGAUAGUGUCUUAGCUGAACUAUCCAGGCAAGGAAUCUCCAUCAUCAACGGCCACCACCCGUGCUGACGUGGCACAUUAAUGCGAAACAAGGUAGGGCCCCACACAAUGGGAUCUGAUGCUGUUGUUACAACAGAUCAGUUGAUCACAAUUCACACAAGUGUUUAUUAAUUGUCCUGUUUUGAUCGGCCGAUUUAGGCGAUCGGACGAAUGAGGUUACGCCACGUUAUUGAUGUUAGAACCAUAGAGGUGUUUAUGGUUGUAAAUAGAGCUGACAUGAAGUUGAGUUGAAGAUAUUGGUGGAUUAUUAUUGAUGAUAAUGGGGAAAGAGAAAGAGAAAAAAGAGUGAGUUAGUGAGUGUGUGUUGAAUGUGAUGGGUGCAUUAUUGUUUGUUCAAUGUUUGUUUCUUGUUGGUGGGAAUGAAGAAGGGUCCUACAUAUCUGAUGGAGGGUACUAUUUUUCUGUAGGACUUGUUCCCUUAAUUUGUAGGACUUGUCCCUUAAUUUAUAGGACUUGCUGAUUUAUUAAUUUUUCCCAUUUAACACCCCUUUCUCACAUUAAUAAUAAAAUGGUACGUAGAUAUAGCUUUGAUUUUCAA